CACAAGCUACACCGAGCGAAUGUUUUCGGUGGGGGAGGAGGUUAUAAACAAAAAAAAAAAAACACUGCGUUGCAAUUAAUUUGGUUUUUAGGGUUAUUGCAAAUCGUCUGUAAUUCAUAAAACUAAAUUAAUAACUAAUGCCACUGCAAAAGAUUCAAGGAGGAUAACGGAAGUCCGCAGCGCGGGUGUAUAGUAAUUGUAAAGGCGUAGCAGCAGCAAUAAUAAUAAGAACAACAACUGGCGCAAAGAGGCGUCGACUUUGGUGUCAUCGUGAACGUUAACAAACAAUAAUAAUAAGGUUAAUAACGGUAUUUGGACAGAAAAAGGCAGAGUCAUUCGGAACAGCAAAUGCUAAGGAGAUAAGCAUAUAGCCAGUGACCAACAACAAAAUGGGUGCUUGUGUGGGUCGCAUGAAUCCGGACAAUGAAACAAUGAGUGUCUCCUCUGUCUCUUCGCGUCCGGCCAGUGCAGGCAUUGCUUUAGGUGCCUCCCGAAAAAACCGUCAUUUAUGUCACGAAACUAUACGGUGGAGGUCAGAUGUUCCUCUAACCGAAGGGCAAUUGAAGUCCAAGCGCGAUGAGUUCUGGGACACUGCCCCGGCUUUUGAUGGACGUAAAGAGAUCUGGGAUGCAAUAAGGGCAGCUUCCCAAGCAGCUGAGGGACUAGACUUUCAAAUGGCUCAGGCUAUUAUAGAUGGAGCCAAUGUUUCUGUGCCAAAUGGAUACCUCACGGAGUGCUAUGAUGAACUGGGCACGCAAUACAAAGUGCCGAUCUAUUGCCUAUCAUAUCCCAUUAAUAUAGUAAAAGAAGAGAAUGGAAGGGAUUCGCCCGCUGAAUACUCAGAGCCAGUUGAUGGCGGUACUGAAAUAUUCCUCAAAUUGCGCAUAUCAUCGACUAUGUCGGAUGUUAAACUGCCCGUAUACUCAAAGGAUACAGUAGGACAGUGCAAAAAGAAGCUGCAGGCUGCAGAAGGAAUUGAUGCUUGUUGCCAGCGUUGGUUUUACAGUGGCAAAUUACUUGGUGAUAAGGUUCCCAUUGAUGAAUGCAACAUUCACCAGGGCUUUAUAAUUCAGGUGAUUUUUAAUGCCGAGCAUUUUAAUCAUGAUAGUAGCAUGAGUAUGAUGAAAAAGUCACAUGCAAGCUAGCGACGCAGAAAAAUUCAACUAGUCAACACUAACAAAUACACCAACAACAGUGGCAAAAGUAGCACCAUCUGUGGAAACAGCAACAAAAUCUGCAUAAAUAUUAACCAAGGUGAUGUUAGGAUGGCGAACGAGGGACUAGGCCAUAGAAUAUACUCAAUCUACUAAAGCACAACGAAGAUUCAAUACUACAAAAGCACAAACAUAAGUGUCAGCAUCAGCAGCAACAUAUGUACGCCCUCAUGAAAAAAAAUUAGCAAAUAACAAUUCAAAAUUGUUGUUUCAUCUAGUUUGUUUUAGCUGUUAUGACUGGAUAGCUUGUUGUAAUUAAGGAUUAAGAAAAAACAAACACUAGCUGAGAAAAACAAAUUCAAAACGGUUAAAGCUUAUAAAAAGAAUACCUAUAAAGUAAUGCAUAUUUACAGGCAUCUAUAUUUUUUUUAUAAUAACUAAUCGGAGCUGUCUUUAUAAAGUUUAAUUUAUAUGAUAAAUAAAAAUAACAUGCAUACAUCAGCUAAAUAAUUAAAUAUGGACGAGUCUACAUCAUUUUAUACAAUAAUAAUUAUAAAGUAUAAAUAUUGUAAAAUUUUGACUGUAGAAGAAUUUUUAGUAUAAAAAUACAAAAGAAUUCAAUUUAAAAAGAAGCAAAUUAACAUACUUUUGAUAUUGUAAAACUAUAAGAUGAAUCGCUAAACAAAGUACACGGAAAAUACAAUUAAGAGUUGUACAAAUUGUGAAAAAGACCAAAAAACAAAUGAGUAGUCAGGAAUAUGAAAAGCUUUGGGUAGACAAUAAAAGCAAUCCACAGUACUAAUGCCUGUAAAUAAAAAAUCUGAAAAAGUUAAUCGAUUUCUAUCGUUCAAUCAAUCAUUAAACAAACUUGAACAUAUUUUAA